AUGAAGGUCAUCUUCGUUGUAAUGGCUGCAUUGGCCCCAUUCGUGCUGUCCUACGACGAGAAAUACGAUAAAAUCGAUGUUGACAAGAUUUUGGGUGACGAAGCUCUCUUCAAUGCAUAUCUUGACUGUUUACUGGAUAAAGGACCUUGCAACCAGGAGAAUGCAGCUGACUUUAGAAAACUAUUGCCUGAAGUUAUAGCGACUGCUUGCGGUAAAUGCACACCCAUCCAACGACAGGGCGUAAGAAAGACCGUCAAAGCCAUCACUCAAAAGAAGCCUGAGCAAUUCAAGGAAUUCAUUGCAAAAUACGACCCGACCCACGAACAUGAAGCAGCAUUUUCAGCCUUCGUUCUUGGAACUGAUUAA